AUGAAGGAGCUGCGGCCGUCAAUACUGUCGUUCUCCCUGCUGGGACUGGUGCACUCCGCAUGGGGAGCAGGCGUCGAGGCUUGGAAAUCUCGGAGCGUCUAUCAGCUUAUGACUGACAGAUUUGCCCUUACCGACUUGUCCACGAAGGCGCCAUGCGAUACCGCCGCAGGACUCUAUUGCGGGGGUACCUGGAGGGGGAUCAUCAACAAUCUGGACUACAUCCAGGGCAUGGGUUUCGACGCCAUCUAUGUCUCCCCCAUCAUCAAGAACCUGGAAGGACGCGUAUCCUAUGGCGAGGCCUACCACGGCUAUUGGGCUCAAGAUCUCUACGCGUUAAAUGAGCAUUUCGGCACGGAACAGGACUUCCAGGAUUUGAUCACGGCUCUGCACAAUCGGAGCAUGUAUCUCAUGGUGGAUACCACCAUCAACAACAUGGCGUGGAUGACCAAUGGAAGCGACCCAGCUACAUCGGUCAACUACGGGGCUCUGACGCCUUUCAACCAGGCGAGCUACUACCAUCCUUACUGUCCCAUCACCAACUACGAAGACUACCCGCUGGCCCAAAGAUGCUGGACCGGUGAUGACAUCGUUGCGCUGCCCGACCUGGCUCAGGAGAAAAUCGAGGUAGCCUCGAUGCUGAAUGCCUGGAUCAAAUCCACGCUGGCUAAUUAUUCGAUCGAUGGUUUACGUAUCGACGCCGCCAAGCAUGUAUAUCCGAAUUAUCUGCCGCAAUUCUUCCAAGCUACCGGUUCGAUGUUCAUGACGGGGGAGGUCUUCGAGCAGAGCGCAGACAUCAUCUGCAAUUAUCAGAAGAACUACCUGCCUAGUGUGCCCAAUUAUCCGAUCUACUACGCCGUGAUCAGUGCCUUCACCCAGGGGAACGUCAGCGCUUUGUCGGACGAAAUUCAGCUCAUGUCGGACUUAUGUCCGGAUGUUACCGCACUGACCACCUUCACCGAAAACCAUGAUAUCUCGCGUUUCGCGUCAUAUACCGAUGAUCUCGCGCUGGCCAAGAAUGUCCUGGCAUUCACCAUCCUUUUCGACGGCGUGCCGAUGGUCUAUCAGGGCCAAGAGCAGCACUUUAAAGGCAAUGGGACCCCUUAUAACCGUGAAGCCCUAUGGACCUCCGGCUAUAACACCAACGCCCCUCUGUAUCAGCUCGUCGCCACGUUGAACAAGGUCCGCAAGCAAGCUGGCCGUGUCGACCCGCAGUACUAUGAUGUCGUAUCUUAUCCGAUCUACACCGGUUCCAGUGAGAUUGCAAUCCGCAAGGGUAACGAGGGACGGCAGACUAUCCUGGUUCUCUCGUCG